CACUGUGUUCGUCGUGAAGUUCACGUUUCUGGAGCUGUGAGAGUGAAGCAGAGUAUACAACAUGGAUAACUCAGAGGCAGUUCAUUUAAAUUUAGUGCUAGACCUGGUGUCCUAUUUCAAUGUUUUCAGAGGAGACAUGGAGAAAAUCAUUGAAGAACAGGCGCAAGACUUGGAAGAAGCUUGUCGCGAUGUUCCCGAUGUGGAGGUUAUUCAUUCCGGAAGCGGCUUCGAAGGGCUUUCUCUUCCUCAACUGAUUCAUGGUCAAACAUGGAAUACUGAUGCCGACCAUAUGAUCAUAAAAACCAGCCUCAAAUUACAAGAAGUUGUGAAACCAGAGGAGACUGGUGGGGAGAGAAACAUCGAAGAAGACCAACAUGUUGUACGUGGGAAAGGGUCUUUUACUGAUGCGGAAACCGACAUCGCAGAAAAUGUCUUAUUCAUUUAUGACGCUUCGCACGCAGGAUAUGUACACUUGUCAAAUAAGAGGCCCCUAUUUCCGACUGAUUCAGAUUCUGUUCGGGAGCACUGCCUUCAGAAUUCUAAAUUUAUCGAUAGUAGUCGGAAGUCAGUUCCGUUUAGUCAUUUAUACAUGCGUUCGAAGGAAGGCUCCAUUGUAGGACCUUCAUACUCCAUACAGUACACCACGGGCUCAUUUAACGUCGAUCGUGACUUUGUAUAUGGGCUGAAAUGCGAACAAUGGCCCUUGCAAGCGAAUGAGUGGAUUCUAAGGGACAGGCCGCAAUCUUGGCCAGGUUUCGAGCAGAUUUCCGCCAUAUCAGACCAGGGUUGUCAUGUCGUUCCAGUUGGCUCCCACAUGAGCCACCUGCGGGAGUUCGAAUGGCGAUUUUCUUUUUCUGCAGCUGAGCUGAUUCUCGCUCGUUCCCUAGCAGACGACCAAAAGCUAGCCUACUCUGUGUUAAAAGCACUAAUCAAAAGCGAGAUGAAAUCGCGUGACGCAGAUGUUUUCGCCUCGUAUCAUCUUAAGACGUGUCUAUUUUGGUUGCUUGAGAAAAGGGGAAUCAACUCUUGGAAUAAACAGAGCUUGGGCACAAAUGUUCUUGAACUGCUAAAUUUUCUGAUAGGAUUCUAUGACGAAGGCUUUGUGCCAAGUUAUUUUAUUGGCAAGAACAACAUGAUCGAUCACCGCUCUCCUGAAGACAUUUUGAAAACGUGUCACGCUCUAAGAGAAAUUCGCGACUCUGUAACGCAAUCUUUUUGUCGUUACAUACAAUACAAUCAAGUACUUCCGGUUUUGUUUGAUACAUCGCUAACUCAGCAACUCAAGAAAAACCCUACAAAGUUUCUCCAGAAUUGUAAAUAUAAUUUUCUUGUUAUGGCUUUGGCUUAUAUUCUAAGACCCAUAAAGAUGGUGCAAAUGAACAUUUCAAGUCGGUGUCUCGAAUCUGCUGCUUCUCUGAUGAAGAAGGCCGAAAUUCUGCACAAAGCUACUCGCGAAGCUGGGUCUCAAGAGUACAAAGAGUUGCUUUCAGCUCUUUCUGACGCUCUCACUCCCGUUGAAAAUCCAACAACAAACAUGGUGCUUUCACUGCUCGAGGAAUUCUUAGCCACAGACAAGAUGAAAGUAACAGAAUCAAGUGCUGUAGCCCUGGCAGUAUUUAACGUUUUUUUAGCUCUCCAUCCAUCGCAUCUCCACCAGGGCAGUGAAACCAAUCCCUUGGAGUUUCAUGGGUACCUUGUAAACCCAAUUUUCAAAGAUUGCUUCCUCUGGGCAGCAAAAGUUCACGAAAGGUAUUGCGACGCCAUUUACAACUUUGUCGUAAAGAAAUGGGUUGGCGGACCCCACUUAAUUACAACGGAUCAGGAAGCCACGAAAUUUAUGAAGCUUCUGAUGGUAAUUCUUGGAAAACCUACAAAGCAGGCAGGCGCUGUGACUGGAUCUUUGUUUCGGUCAAGCAAUGAAGGACAAAUGUUUCUCUUGACUCGUUUCCUUGCCGAUUACUUGUUGCACGUUCAUUUAGAGUGCGCUUACGUCACAUUCCAAGCAACCGCGUUUCUCAUGAACAAGAGUGUCCUAUCCGAAAUUUACUUGACUAUUAAUUGGGGAACUUACAAGCCAAGCCAGCUGCGUGCUAUUGAACUAGUCUUGUCUAAACAAGAAUUACAGGCUGAACUGUCCGAAGAAGACUUUACCAAGCUGAUUAAAAAGCAGCACGAAUUGAAAACAGAACUUAGCACUGGAUAGAGCGCAAAAGAGCGUGAUGAGGAGGGUAGGGUAGGGAUUAGCUCGCGAGGACUCACGCUUUCUGUGCUUCACGCCUUGCUAGCAUUUAAAUGAUACAAAAAAAAAAAAAUACCAGAGGACUUACAGGUAUGAAGGCGAUCUAGUUCGUGUACAUGCUCAGAAGAGCUUGUUCUUGGUAUGCGCAGUUUGUUCAUCAUUUUGAUCACUGUCUAACGCCUGUAUUUUACGUAAAUCUAAUUAGAAAUAAAACUAGUCAAACAUCAGUCACAACCUUGGCUGUGAGAUUUAAAAAACCCAUUUUCUUUCCUUUUCCUCCAAAAAGAAAUA